AUGGACUCUCCGGAAAAGGGCAAGGUCAGCUACUUUGGCACCAUUCCGGCCGCCUAUGCUCCUUGCGAGAGCGUCAAUCUCUUCUCUAGGAAAAGGUGGGAGGAAGUCUCAACGAAAGAUGCUUUCUGGAAAGAUUUCGAUGACAAAGUGCCUGAAGACAUCGUCAACAAACGGCUCAAGCAAAAUUUCGAGGUCGUCCUUGACAUUGAGCGCAACGCACGAAAGAGAGAAGAGAAGCGCCGUGAACGAGAAGCCAAGCGGAGUCAGGUUGGACCUAAGAUUACCGACAAGUCGCCAGUCAGCCCUCAUAGCCGUAUCACUUCUGCUGAGAGUACAAUCACCGUCCUGCACGCCGCUUCGAUCCCAUUGGAAGCAGUGCCACGCAGUGACAACGUCCAGAAAGACUCUUCGCAGGUCAAUGUCGUUGAGAAGAUCGAAUGUCCCAAAUGUGGUGACUUCUACAUGCAAGCAGAGAUGGAAUCAGGGUCAGGCGAAGCUUCGGUGUGUGGAAAAUGCGCGAAAGUCAAAACCAGCGAGGAGACGAAGAUCCCGUUGCCAAAGUCUACCAAAGGAGAGGAAUCGGCGGAGCACCCUGUCCACGCUACUGCGGCAUCUUCAACCACAAAGACAGAGGCGUCUGAGGCCACUGCACAUGAUGCGAGUGUCAUACCUUAGUCCACAGGCCAGAAGCGAUACUCCGACG